AUUUGAAACCUUUUCUUUACUCUUCAACCAAGCUGCUCGCUGAUAGAUCCCUUUCUCCCUUUUUUUUUGUUUCCGGAUCUUCAAUUUGACUUUAUUACUUUUGUUUUAAGGUGAUCGUAUUUAUGAUCACCUCGUAGCUCAACUGCUCAACUGCUCUCUAUUCCACGCCAUUGCUCUUCUCUCUCUUCGUUGAAGGAGGUUAUUGUUUGAUCCGGAGAAGAAAUGGUGGUUUCUGGACCAAUUACGCCUGGACAGGUGUCUUUUCUUUUAGGAGUUAUUCCUGUUUUCAUUGCAUGGAUAUAUACAGAGUUCUUAGAGUACAAGAAAUCUGCAUCUCAUUCUAAAGUCCAUUCAAACAAUAAUCUGGCUGAAUUAGGAGAUGAGACAGUUAAAGAUGAUGAUCGGGUUCUUUUGCUUGAAGGAGGUCUCACUAGAUCAGCAUCUGCUAAAGUCCAUAGUUCAACCAUCAAAACAAACUUGAUUAGGUUUCUUUCUUUUCGUUUCAGUGUUGUAAUGGAGUUUUCCACUAUCAAACUCUUUAAAUAUCUUACCAUUUCCUUCUUACGAUUUUCCAGGUUUUUGACUAUGGAAGACUCUUUUCUGCUGGAAAAUCGAGCAAUUUUGAGAGCAAUGGCUGAAUUUGGUGCUAUCCUAGUGUACUUCUAUAUAUGUGACCGCACAAAUUUACUAGGAGAAUCUACCAAGAAGUACAACCGUGACCUUUUCCUCUUCCUCUACGCUAUUCUCAUCGUAGUUUCAGCAAUGACUUCUUUGACGAAACAUAAUGAUAAAUCAGCUUUCUCUGGAAAGGCCAUGCAGUACCUUAGUAGGCAUCAGACUGAAGAAUGGAAAGGAUGGAUGCAGGUCCUAUUUCUAAUGUACCAUUACUUUGCUGCAACGGAGAUAUAUAAUGCUAUUCGCGUCUUUAUUGCUGCAUAUGUUUGGAUGACUGGAUUCGGAAACUUCUCAUACUAUUAUAUUAGAAAGGAUUUCAGUUUAGCACGUUUUGCCCAGAUGAUGUGGCGACUAAACUUUUUUGUGGCAUUUUGCUGCAUUGUUCUCAACAAUGACUAUAUGCUUUACUACAUCUGCCCAAUGCACACGCUUUUCACCUUGAUGGUGUAUGGAGCUCUUGGGAUUUUCAACAAGUAUAAUGAGAAUCCUUCAGUGAUGGCCAUGAAAAUUCUUGCAUGCUUUCUCACGGUUAUCUUUAUUUGGGAAGUUCCCGGAGUUUUUGAAAUAUUCUGGAGUCCAUUGGCUUUCCUUUUAGGUUACACAGAUCCUGCAAAAUCUGAUCUCCCUCGGUUGCAUGAGUGGCAUUUUAGAUCUGGUCUUGACCGCUAUAUAUGGAUAAUCGGAAUGAUAUAUGCCUACUAUCAUCCCAAUGUCGAGAAAUGGAUGGAAAAGUUGGAGGAAUGUGAACCCAAGAAAAAAUUCUCAAUCAAAGCAAGCAUUAUCGCGAUUUCUUUAUUCGUUGGCUAUAUGUGGUACGAAUAUAUCUACAAGCUGGACAAGGUUACAUACAACAACUACCAUCCCUACACAUCUUGGAUUCCCAUAACCGUCUACAUUUGCUUGCGGAAUUGUACUCGGCACCUUAGGAGUUACUCUUUGACUCUCUUUGCGUGGCUCGGCAAGAUAACACUCGAGACCUACAUUUCCCAAUUUCAUAUCUGGUUGAGAUCAGACAUGCCUAACGGACAACCGAAAUGGCUUCUUUCAUUUAUCCCGGAAUAUCCGCUGCUCAACUUCAUGCUCACAACUGCCAUUUAUGUCUUGGUAUCUCAUAGAUCAUUCGAAUUAACAAAUACAUUUAAGUCCGCUUUCAUACCCACAAAAGACAACCGACGACUACUAUAUAAUUUCAUAGCUGGAGUAGCCAUUUCCCUAUGUUUGUACUGCACCUCACUCGUUAUCCUUCAGAUUCUCAUUCAACUGCGUGAGAAAGCAUGAUUCAUCAAGUUCGACCGAGCUGUUCUAUGGAACAUACGUGAAAAAUACAUAUGUUUCCAACGAAUUGAGUACAAAUAGCCUCGAUUUUUCGUAGCAACAGCUUUGGAUCGUCGGGGACAUCUACAAUACGGAACAUCCAGGCAGGCAACGAAGAGGAAGUAAAUCUUAUUUUUCUUUUACAUUCUGCUGAUAAUUUGCAGGAAAAAAAAGAA